GCGUAGAAAGAAAGAAGAAGAAGAACACGAAGACGACGACGAAACUUUAUUCUCCUCUCGUUUCUCUCUCUCUCAGUUCCUAUCAGAUCUCUCUGGUUCUUAUCCCUUUCUUUAUUUUGCGACUGAAUUUCCGAGAAAGUGAAAGGACCAAAAGCGUAGUUUUGGAUCAUUAUAGUUUUUAUCAUCUGUUGUGUUUCAUUCCGAAUUUGGAAUCUAGGGUUUCUUUUUAUUUUUAAGAGAGAAAAUUCGCCGGAUUUUGGGGUUGGAUCUGGUAAAUUGAACGGCGAAUAGUGUGAUUUUUGGACGAGAGAGGAGUUAAAGCGAAGUGACUUUGGGCAAGUGAUCCGAAGCAGGUAUCGCUGGGGUAAAUGCGGCUAGUUCUUUCUAAAUUUAUUGAAUUCGCUGGUUGAUUUGAUUUUGAGUUUUUAACACCAAGAAGAACAAGAUGAUGAACCCAGAUCGCUCGAAGAAGAUGAAAGACAUGGAAUUUUUCACCGAAUACGGGGAUGCAAAUAGAUAUAAGAUUCUUGAAGUUAUAGGGAAAGGAAGUUAUGGAGUAGUGUGCGCAGCUAUUGAUACACAUACUGGAGAAAAAGUUGCGAUAAAGAAAAUAAAUGAUGUAUUUGAGCAUCUCUCAGAUGCUAUCAGGAUUUUACGUGAAAUUAAGUUGCUAAGGCUAUUACGGCAUCCUGAUAUUGUUGAAAUCAAGCGCAUUAUGCUGCCGCCUUCAAAAAGGGAAUUCAAAGAUAUUUAUGUAGUUUUUGAGCUCAUGGAGUCCGAUCUUCACCAAGUUAUCAAAGCUAAUGAUGAUUUGACCCGUGAACAUCAUCAGUUUUUUCUCUAUCAGAUGCUGCGCGCAUUAAAAUAUAUGCAUACAGCAAAUGUGUACCAUCGCGAUCUUAAGCCUAAGAACAUUUUGGCAAAUGCUAAUUGCAAACUUAAGGUUUGUGACUUUGGGCUAGCAAGAGUUGCAUUUAGUGAUACCCCGACCACUAUAUUUUGGACAGAUUACGUGGCUACAAGAUGGUAUAGGGCUCCAGAGCUUUGUGGUUCAUUUUCUUCCAAGUACACUCCAGCAAUAGACAUGUGGAGUAUUGGUUGCAUCUUUGCUGAAGUGUUGACGGGGAAGCCACUGUUUCCUGGUAAAAGUGUUGUUCAUCAAUUAGACUUGAUCACUGAUCUUCUGGGGACGCCUUCGUCAGAGACCAUUGCAGGAGUUCGAAAUGAGAAGGCUAGGAGAUACUUGACAGAAUUGCGGAAAAAGCUUCCUGUAUCAUUUGCACUGAAAUUUCCAAAUGCAGAUCCUUUAGCCCUCAGACUAUUGCAAAGGCUUUUAGCUUUUGAUCCAAAGGACCGGCCAACUGCUGAGGAGGCAUUGGGUGAUUCUUACUUCAAGGGCCUGGCGAAGGUUGAGAGGGAACCUUCAUGCCAACCUAUCUCAAAGCUCGAGUUUGAGUUUGAAAGGAGAAGAGUGACUAAGGAUGAUGUUCGAGAAUUAAUAUAUCGAGAAAUUUUGGAAUACCAUCCCCAACUUCUCAAAGAUUACAUGAAUGGAGCUGAAGGAACAAAUUUUCUGUAUCCUAGUGCUAUAGGACAAUUUAAAAAGCAGUUCGCUUAUCUUGAGGAGAAUGCAGGUAAAAGUGGACCAGUUAUUCCUCCAGAGAGAAAGCAUGUUUCCCUUCCACGGUCGACAGUCCACUCAAGUAUGACUGUUUCUUAUAAUGAACAUCCUAAUUUGGUUUCGUAUGAGAAUCGGCAAAUUACAGGACAUACAUCCAAUGAUGGUAUGGCAGCAGAUGUGAAUUCUGGAAAUCCAUCAAAGGCUUUACGGCCACCACCACGGGUUCCAGCAGGUAAACCAGGGAGAGUUGUUGGACCAGUUCUACCAUUUGAGAAUGGAAGAAAUGUGAGAGAAGCGUACGAUCCAAGGAUCAGAAACGGGAUCUUUCCUCCUCAGGCCGUCUCUCCCCACUGCUUUUUCCGAACUCACACUGCCAAUCAAGACAAGUCUGAUUCUUCACAAGUCAAAAUGCAACAAGCUCAGUCACCGCAAAUAAACAUGGCGACCAAACAACCUUCUGUGAUGGUCGUUGACAUGAACACCAAUCCAUACUACCAAUCGCAAACAAAGGUCGACCAGAUGACUGCCAUAGACUCUAAACUGUUGCAUGCGCAAUCCCAAUUUGGCGCUGUUGGUGCAGCAGCCGUGGCUGUUGCUGCUCACAGAAUCUGAUGAGCAAAGCCAGUUGAGUUUGAGUGCGGAAACAUUGAUAUUGAUGUUAGGUUUGCCGAGGGGGGCCGGGCUUGCCCAUUAGGUUAGCACGUUGUAGUCUGGUAAUUGGGUGAUCAUGUAGAGAGGUUUCGCCCCACAUUCUUCUCCUAGUUCUGAGUAAUUGUACCCCUUUGUAAUUAUGUAAACAGAUAAUUGAUUUUUUAAAUAAUAAAUAAUAGUUUCUCUUA